AUGCACAAUCUUGUUGAGCACGACGCCCGGAUCCCGAAAUUGCCGGUUCCGCCGCUUUCGGCCACGGUCCAGCAAAUUCUCACGGCUCUCAGACCUUUGCUUACGCCUGAAGAAUAUGACGAUCUUUUGGACGAGGCGUCUCAGUUUCUUUCUAACGGAACGGUGAAUCUCAUCCAGCAGCAUUUGGAAGCAGCUGCGGCCAACCCAAAUGUUCUGUGCUACUUGAACGCCAUCAAUGGCGAGUCUUACCCUGGUAUUUAUGGCCGUCUUCGUGGAGACACUUUGCCGCGGAAUCCGUACUUGGUUUUGGAGGAGGAUCCGUUUGCGAAAACCAUCAACCCGCCCAAUCAGGCGCAGCGUGCUGCUUGCUUGAUCAAUCUGUCUUUGAAGUUCAUUGUGACCAUGAGAAACGGCAAGUUGAAGGAGGAUGUGACUCCUAAAAGUGGGAAUCCUCUCACCAUGAACUGCUACCGCAAUCUUUUUGGCACCACACGUGUUCCUGUUUUCGGAGAGCUGUACCACGAAGUGACGAUCCAAAAGUACCGUCAUAUCAACGAUUCCCGGCAUGUCGUGGUGAUUUGCAAUAACCAGUUCUACGACUUGGAGCUUUUGACUCCGUGUGAAGAUGAAUCCGCCGAGAGCACCCACCGCCUUUGGUUUGGCGAUGCUGAGUUGGCAGAAAUCAUCCAGAACAUCAUCAACGAGUCAUCAGCCGUCGACAGAAUAUCCACCGUGAAAAAUGGAGUGGGAGCAAUCACCACGCAAACUUACCACCACUGGAAAAGUGCCAGGGCAGAGUUGGCGCUGACAAGCCCGGACUUCUUGCGCCGUAUUGACGAUGCAUUGUUCAUUGUGGCGCUCGACUCCAAUUCGCCUGUUUCUGACCAAGAAAAGACCCAGGUGAUUCUGCACGGCACUUCGGAACUUUUGCGUGGCUCAAAUAUUCAAGUGGGCUCUUGUGCGUCGAGAUGGUACGAUAAAUUGCAGUUGAUUGUGACUGCCAAUGCUGUGGCAGGAGUAGUGUGGGAGUCUUCAUCCAUGGACAGCACUGCCAUUUUGCGUUUUAUCAGUGACAUAUUCACGGAUCUGAUUCUCAAGCUUGCCAAGAACAUCAAUGGCGCAGAAAACACCCUUUUCGAUCCGAACGUGUCCUUUGUUUCGGGCCGGGAACUGAAGCCUCGCCAGAAACUCCUUGUGCCAACGAAAACUCCAGAACUUCAAAACUUGGUGCACUUGUCUGAGACUAGGCUUUCGGAUUUGCUCAAGCAGCACGAAUACAAGACAGCAACCAUCAAACUCGACACGCUGCUACUUGCGAAAUUCGGGCUUCUGGCCGACUCGUUCAUGCAGAUCGGCUUCCAGAUUGCCCACUACGCCUUGUAUGGUCGCAUUACUAACACGUUGGAGCCCAUCACCACAAGAAAAUUCCGUGACGCUCGUACAGAGCUUAUUGCUGUCCAAAAUGAUCUGGUUGCGGAUCUUGUCAAGAUGUUUAUUACGUCGUCUGAUGAUUCACGCAAGUGGCUGGGAUUUCAAGCGUGCUGCCAGAUCCAUGCUUCCCAAUGCCGUAAUGCUAUGGCUGGCCUAGGCUUUGAGCGCCAUCUCGACGCUCUUUUGCUGGUGUGUCGAAAGCAGGAAGCCGUGGCCAAUUUGAACGCACUCAACAGCAAUUUGAGCCCAAUUCCGUCGGUGGCAGAGUUGAACUCGCAACCAAUCCCACUCUUGGCCAGUCCUUUGCUUGAGCGCCUUUCGGGAGCGGAACUUUUGAUCAGCAACUGUGGAAAUGCCGCCAUGCAUCUUUUUGGUAUUCCUCCUGCUGUGGAUCUGGGUUUUGGCAUAGGCUAUAUUCUCCAUCGCGACAAGGUUGUGGUGACUGUCUCUUCGAAGUUCCGGCAGACGGAGCGGUUUUUGAUGACGUUCCGGUCUGUUGUCGGAACCGUCAAACAGAUCUUGCGUUCCAAGGCAGACGUUCAGGUUGAGGCAGCAGAUAGCGAAACCCGGAAAACCGAGUUGAAGAAAUUGCGCAUUGAGCGUGAGUUGCGGAACGUGGAUCGGUCUCUUCCUUCCACGCGCCAUCCUAUCGAUAUUGAUAUGGAUUCUACAUUGGACUUGCAGAAAUUGGAGCUCAAAGAAGAGAGUUCAGAUAAUGAGUACUCGUAUUUGGGAGGCUAUGGCUAUUUCGACGAGGGCGAAGUAGAACUUCGGAGCGACGAAAUCUCUCGCAACGAUUCUUACAUGAACUCUCAUUCCAGUCUUGCCUCUGCUCUCACUUCGAAGAGCAACUCUCGCCAUCACUCGCACCUCAACUUGCUGGCAUUGUCGAAGAAUGCAGAUGAGCGGCAUCGUCUUUCUUUGGGCGACCGCCUCAAGGAACGGUUGGGCCAAGAGGAGCGGUCCAAGAACCAAAUCGGCCGGAGUCUCUAG